CGGGACACAGAGAGACCAACCGCGGGAGGGAAAAGAGAAAGGGACCCCUUCACCUAAGACAAGACCCAUACACAAGCGGGAACCACCGAGAGUCUGAAAACCCACCGUGCAAAACAUGUCAGCCAAACCAAAGAGACAAUCGUUGAGCACGAUCGAGUCGAGUGUGACGAGGUUAUUGGUGUCCACCAAACAUCUUUUGGAGAGUUUGACCGCAUGGGCGGCCCGUGAGGCCGACGACAAAUUUGUGUCGGACGCCUACGUGAAGUUGGGGAAUGACUUCCGUGCGAGUGUGCGGGCGUUCACGCACGCGGGCGUGGACGUCAGCGACUUGGGGGACGUUCCACAGGCGUUGCGGAUCAUUUUGGAGGCCGCGUUGAGCGAACCACCAAGUCAACAGAGUUUGGAUAGAUUUUUACCCAACAUUCGGAAUAUUAUUGUGACUUUGUUGCAGAGUUUGAAGGGGAAGCAGAUGAGAGCAAGGCAGGCAACAUCCGGGGCAACAACCGGGGCGAUAGCCCUGGCAGGAGCCACGGGCCUGGCAGGAACUUCAGCCCUGACAGGGCUGGUUGGAGGUCAAACAGGAUCUGGACCAGGAUCUGGACAAGGAUCUGGAAGUCUGGCUGGAAGUCUGGCUGGAGCUGGAUCUGGAAAUGUAGGAGGUCUGGUUGGAUCUGGAUCUGGAAUUGUAGGAGGAACUGUAGGACGAAGAGGGUCAUCGACGAGUCUGGGAGUGCCUGUACGUUCAUCCCUGGCACUGGUUGUGACUGGUGGUCAGACUAGUGGUGUGGCCGCGGGUUCGACCCUGGGCCCGUCCACGAGGGGGGAGUCUGGUAGAGGUAGUAGAAGCUCACCAGAUCGAGACAUAUUGGAAGGUGGAGGCAGAAGUGUCACUGGAACUGGAACUGGAACACGUCACCGGGACAGAACGUCCAAUCUGCCCAGUAGAACGUCUAGUCUGCCCAGCCGGAUGGAAAGAAGACAAAGCAACCCCUCGAGGGAGUUCCCCGACCGUGUGACGAGCCGGGGGAAGAUCUCCAGUCUGCAAGGGAUGUUACCUCCCCCACCACCUCCUCCUCCUCCUCCUCCUCCUACAACUACUUCAGGUGGCAGUUCACCUGCCAGUUCGAAUAUGACCGCUCAUGGGAAUGGUCAUGGGAACUCUGCAGCCACGGCAGAUGCGCUUCUCCAACUUCAAAAGGGGAACUCUCUUCAGAGAAGAGCAUCGAAACGGUUUUCGGCAUACCAAUAUGCGAAAUUGACCAACCAUUCUCCGUCAUUACCCAGCAUCUCCAGUGGCAAUCGGAUGCUAGAAGUGCCCGGAGGUCUGAACCGGUCCUCGUUGAUCAGCGAGGGUUCCAGAGAUACCACGAGGGAUAUGGAGGAGUCAGGAGAAAUCAACAGGUCCGCAGACCAAUCUACUGUGGAAGCAUCGGGAGACUUUUUGAAGGAUUCCAAGAGGAACUCGGGAAUUAGCCUGGGAAUAGGGUCUGGUAAUGGCUCAGGAGUUGGUGGGUUGGCUGGAGCUGGAGCUGGGGCUGUAGGAGGAUCGUUUGCUGGAGCUGGUACUACCUCCGGCUCCGCCUCCGGUAGUGUCUCUAGACUCUUCCUCCGAAUCAAUAACCGGACCAAAAGAGUCCCCGUGGAACUCCCCAUCACUUUCAACGCCCUUCGACUUUUAUUUGUAGAAAAAUUUGGCUAUUCCCCCGGGGGAAACGCCUUCCCCGAGAUCUAUAUCCAAGACCCACAGACCAAAGUCAUGUAUGAAUUGGAAGAACAUAUGAUUGGAGUGGAUGUCAGAGAGGGGAGCCUUCUCUCCUUGAAUGAAGAGGCCGACAGUGAGAAGUUUGGUAGAAAAUUGGAGUCCAAAUUGGGCGAAAUGAUGGGCAAAUUCGAGGAGAUCGUAAGAAAGGGAGGUGAAAGACUGGAUGAAAAGAUGGAGGAGUUGAGAGAAUUGGUGGAGAAGAGCCUGAGUGUGGAACUGAGAAAGUUGGUAGAGCUGGAACUGAGCCAGAAGGUGGAGCUGGAACUGAAGAAGAUUGUAGAAAAAUCUGUGGAGACUCUGCAACAAAAGCUGACGCUGUUGUUGCCACUGUUGUCGGAGAUCACCCACCAAAUCAAAAUCAUCAAACAACUCCAAGCAUCCCAAACCCAAUCGCAACUCUCCUCGAUCACCUCGGCCCAAUCGCAACUCUCCUCCCUUCAAACAGCCUCCAUAUCCUCGUCCAAAUCCUCCAACAGGUCCUACAUGGACACCUGCCACACCAAGCUCUCGGAGGAGUCCGAUCUGCUUCUCACCAAGGUGGACGACCUCCAGGACAUCAUGGAGGCGCUCCGCAAGGGCGUGGCGCAACGUGGCGUCCGCGUGGGCGAAAAGCAACUCAAGACAACCUUCAAGGAAAUCCUGGAGGCCAAGACAUCCCUUCUCACCAUGAAGGGAUACAUCACCAACGAGAAGCCCAAUUGGAAACGCAUUUGGGAGUCGGAGUUGGACUUGGUCUGCGAGGAGCAGCAGUUCUUCAACCUUCAAGAUGACCUCACCCAGGACUUGGAGGACGACAUCAAGCGGAUAGAAGAGACGUUCGAAUUGAUUGAACAAUGUCUGUUGGAGCAAAGCAAACAAACCUCGUACAAGCGCAACAAGUUCAUGGCCCAAUUGCAUAUCCCGGAACCAGGAGAGUCGCUCCACUCGACCAAGGACGCCAUCUUGAACGAGGUGGCCGCCCUCAAGCCGAACCACGAGGGCCGGUUGGAAGCCAUUGAAAGGGCUGAACGGUUGAGAGAACGCGAGCGAGAAAUGGUAUCCCUCACCAAGUUCCAGGCGGAAUUGGAAGGCUUUGUCGAUGACUCCAAAUUGAAGAAGAGUGGCGGCAUUGACGAGCUCGAACGGAUGAGAAAGUUGAAAGACGAAGAGAACUUGAAGAGCAGUUUUGGCGUGUUCUAGGCAUGUGCGUUGUGUAUUAUUAAGGAACUACUUAUAGAGUGAAAUACCAAGCGUCUGGAUUAUU